CUACUUCAUCUUCUUCAAUCUUUCACCUCUCAACAUUCCCCACAAACCCCUUUCUUCUUCUUCAUCUCCAAACCUCAGUUUCAAACUCUAUGGCCGAACGAAACCCCACCCACCAACGGCCCUCCAGACCUAACCACUCCCUCAACGCCAACUCCUUUCUCCGAAAACUCCAAUCCCACGCACCCAACUCCGCCCAACUCCUCGGCUUUCUAGCCCUUUUCAUCUCUGGCUCCAUUCUCCUCCUCCUCACCGGCUUAACCAUCACUGCAACGAUUAUCGGCCUUAUUUUCUUCGCCCCAUUGCUCAUCAUUUCGAGCCCCAUUUGGGUUCCCAUCGGAACCGUUCUGUUCGUCGUCGUUGCUGGGUUCUUGUCCGUUUGCGGGGUCGGUUUGGCGGUCUUGGCAGGUUUGUCGUGGAUGUAUCGAUACUAUCGGGGGCUCCACCCGCCCGGAUCGGACCGGUUCGACUACGCAAGGAGUCGAAUUUAUGACACGGCGAGUCACGUGAAGGAUUAUGCAAGAGAGUAUGGCGGGUAUCUGCAGAGUAAAGUGAAGGAUGCAGCUCCCGGUGCUUGAAGAAUUGGCCGGCUGGUUGAAGAGGGUUUUGUUUUGUCUUUAAGGCUUUUGUUUGGUUUUUCUCUUUUUUUUUUCUUUUUUUUUUUGGGUUUUCGGUUUAAUGGAAAAAUAGAGGUUUUAAUUUUGCAUGAAA